AUGGAUGCUGUACAAGCAGCUCUUCAACAUCAGACGUUCUCUGCGUUAAUUUUCGCCCUCGGCGUGAAUUCCGCGUCCGUCGGCCUUUCCAGCACCCAUCUGACGCUCAAUGGUAACGCUCACAUUCUGUUUUACGGUCCCGAAGAAGCGAUUUGGGCUGGAUUAUCCAACGGUCGCCGAUAUCCCAUCAUUAACAGUGGUGAUCGGAUUGCUUUGCGGUCAGCCAACCGUUCUGGUGACUUUGUUAACAACUGGAUGCGCUGUACAAGUUCGAAUUGCAAAUGGUAUACAUGCCCUGGCCAGGUGAUAAAUUCAUCAGCUUGGUCCUCAUGCUCAAGUAACAUGUUUUAUUACAUUCACGCCAUGGGAAAGAUGGACGGCCAGCCAAUAAACAGCGGUGACGUAGUGUCACUAAGUAGCCGAGCCUUCAGAAGCAGUUACCGGUUGUUCUGUGGUACAUCGAGCAGCUCCAAAUGUUACAUGUCUUCGACGAUCAGCUCACUAACGGGUAACAGCUGGUUCUACUACAAUUCCGUAACGUUUCAGAUCUUUUCCAGGCACGGUACUGAUGGUACCCCUGUGCAGUACGGUGAUAUCGUUGCCUUCAAAUACCCCUAUGCCUCUCGCAGCGCCUGGUUAUAUUACUACAGCGGCUUUUUUUAUCCUCGCAGUUGCAGUGCAAACAGAAAAAGCUCGUGCGCCGCUGAAAAUCUCACCACCGCCUUCAAGAUCUUUAAAAAGCUGUAAAACACGAC